AUGAAAGAGGUGUUGGAAAAACAACUUUUAUUAAAUGCAUUAUCUAAUUAUCUUGUUUAUAAUUCACUUGAUGAAGCUAUUGAUAGAAAAUUACAAGACAUUAUUCCAGCAUGUCUUGAACAAAGAAAAGAUUAUAGUAAUCGUUGGAAUAACACUAUUCAAGAAUUUAGACGUCUUAUAUCUCGUAUAAUUAAAUCUAAUAAAUUUACUAUUCGUGAUACACAUUCACUUGGUGAAGUAGAACAAUUAAUUCGAAAAUUUUCGAAACCCAUUAAUGAAAUGGUUACACUCAUUCAAGAAAAUCUUCAAUUAGUUGAACAACAUUUUAAAAAAAAUAAUAAAAAACAAAAAAAGAAUGCUGGAGCUCAAAAUAAUGAUGUUAUUGUUGAUUUAGAAAAAUUAUUGAUAAAUUAUAAACAUGAAAUUCAUAUUCUUCAACAAGAAAUGAUAAUUAAACCAAUAACAAUAUUCACAUAUUCAUCGAAUUUUACUGAUGUUUUUAAAUCAGAAGAAGUAUUUUGUGUAGUGGAUUCUCUUUAUCCGAUUAUCAAUCAAUGA